UCCAAGUCGAUUACUGGUGAUUCAUGUUUUUUACAGUGUAGCCGUAGUCGCAGAGUGUCUGGCUGUCAAAAUGACACCACCGUACAAAAGAUUGUCGUGCAUGUGAAAAAAAAUAAAUCGCAUUUUCUGUUGAAAGUAAUUCGGCAACUGAUCUGCGGCUCUCCCGGCAUAGGAAUGACCGUGAUGGCAGCAGCUUCAGCAUCUGAGAUCAGCGAAAACGCGAAACUUGCCCGUGAAAUGGCACUGAUUGGGAACUAUGACUCUGCCGGAAUUUACUACGAAGGUGUCCUUCAGAUGGUACAGCAACUAGUACUUGGGAUCAGUGAUCCCGUACGCAGGGGAAAGUGGACCUUGAUUCAGCAGCAACUGUCCAAGGAGUACAGUGAGGUCAAGUCCAUUCAGAGGACAUUGACAGAGAUCAGCAUUGAUAUGCAAAGUGCAACACUAAAAACGAAACUUCGUGUGCCUACAACGGAAGUGCCUACAAGAGAUCCAGCUGCGUGGUUUCGUCCCGAUCCGGACGUUUGGAUGCCACCAUCUCACCGUGAUCCGGACGUUUGGCCACCGCCCACGCCCCAAGAUUCGAGAUCCGGUGGUCCAGCACGACAGCAGCAAAAGGGACGAAAGCCGGAACCACCGCGGAAGACAAUGUCCAGACCCAGUACGACUGCAAAGAAGGAUGGCAAAGGAGCAACAACCAGUGGGGCAAAGGGUGUCAAUGGGAAAGUACCGGUGAGGGAGAGUCGUCGAGCAGCCCCGGGAAAUGACAAGCAGCAGCAGCAGGAUAAGAGUCCCGAUGAGGAAGUGAAGGAGGAGGAGCCGCCAGAGGAAGAACGUAAAUUUGAACCAGCAAGUCAUGCUGAUGGAGAUCUCGUAGAUAUGCUUGAAAGGGAUAUUUUACAGAAGAAUCCCAACAUUCGAUGGGAUGACAUUGCAGAUCUCGUGGAGGCAAAGAGACUCCUCGAGGAGGCCGUUGUACUGCCAAUGUGGAUGCCGGAUUACUUUAAGGGGAUUCGACGACCGUGGAAGGGUGUCCUCAUGGUGGGUCCUCCAGGGACGGGAAAAACCAUGCUGGCCAAAGCUGUGGCCACUGAAUGUGGUACGACCUUCUUUAAUGUCUCCUCAUCGACGCUCACAUCCAAAUAUCGCGGAGAAUCAGAGAAGCUCGUACGUCUUCUCUUCGAGAUGGCACGCUUCUAUGCACCAAGCACAAUUUUCAUUGAUGAAAUUGACUCCCUGUGCUCACGCAGGGGAUCUGAAUCCGAGCACGAGGCCUCGCGUCGUGUGAAGUCUGAAUUACUCGUGCAAAUGGACGGCAUUAGUAGCGAUGAAGCCACAAAGGUUGUCAUGGUGUUGGCUGCAACAAACUUCCCCUGGGACAUUGACGAAGCUCUCAGGCGACGCCUCGAGAAACGUAUCUAUAUUCCACUGCCCAAUGACGAUGGUCGAGAGGCAUUGCUCAAGAUAAAUUUGCGCGAAGUGCAACUGGACCCAUCUGUGGAUCUCAAGAGCAUCGCUCGGAAAUUGCAGGGAUAUUCGGGUGCAGAUAUCACGAAUGUAUGCAGGGAUGCCAGCAUGAUGUCGAUGCGACGGAAGAUUGCCGGCCUUAAGCCGGAACAGAUAAAAUUGCUGGCGAAGGAGGAGGUGGAUCUGCCCGUGUCCACCAAGGACUUCAUCGAAGCCAUCAGCAAGUGCAACAAGAGUGUUUCUAAGCAUGAUUUGGAGAAGUAUGAACAAUGGAUGAGGGAAUUUGGCUCUUCCUGAUGCACCCUAUAGCAAUGCACCCACACAACCCCGCAAAAUGACCCCUUAACCCCCCCGGAUUUAACACAGUUUUUCCGUGCAAUCGAAUUUUAAUUGCUGCAGCAACAAAAAAAAUAUCGAAAAAAGGCCAUUCUUCUUCCACAGUUGGGCACAAAAACUCCAACUUGUGAUUUUUUAAGAUGUACUUAAAUUAAUGAUACUGAAUUUAAUAAAAAUAAUUAAAAUUCCUAAUUAA